AGCUUUCGAACUGAUGUUUGGACAAUUGCGAGUCAAUCUAAAGCUUAGCCCAAGUUUGGAAAAGUCCAGUCAAUGGCUAAAAAACAAAGGAAUCAAGGUGUUGAGAGUCAAAAUGACCGGAAUGCUGGAGAACCAUGGAUACAGCCCAUUGUUUAACAAUUAGUGCAAAUUUUCUCUUAUUGAGACCAAAGUAAAAAGAAAUUAACAACACAGAAAACCUCCACUCAGCCUUAGAAAAAGCUCUGGUUAGAGUUCCUAUGUUUAGAAAUAGGAACGUCCCAACUACCCACCAGCAUUUAGAGGAAAACUAAUAGCUGUGUUCCCGACCCACACGCCUCCAGUGGUGUUCCCUGUUUUAAAUGGGACAGUUAAGCGUUGUGUUUGCUGAUCAAAAUCUUCUAAUGCUUAUGGCAGUUAACUUGUAACAAGAAUCUCUUGUUGACCUAAUGAGCUGCAAAGUGCAAACACCACACCCAAGCUGUCAGACAGCUUUAACUCUUCUUCCCAUGAAUCCUCUUCAUUCCUCUAAAACGUUGAGUGCCUAUGGCCGUGCAGGGACACUGAGCUGUAGGUGAGGCGCGUCGCGCAGGCAGACACACAUACAGACGUUGUGUCUCUCAGCAGGGCAGGGGGCUGGAACCAAAAACGGGUACAAGACUCCAUACCGCCGGAAAUUCAAGACCCAUCCUGUGCAUCAGAGAAACCAGCCUCUGAUCUUCUGCCCUCCUCCGACCUUCCAACAUGGGCCAGAAGACCAGCAACACAACGUCUAACAAAGCGGCAAACUCAAGUUUCUUCUCCUUUCUAAAACGCUUCUCGCCGCCAAAACCCUCGUCGGAUAAGACCACGUCACCAAGGACAGGCAUCUUUGCCAAGCUGACGCCAAACAAGUCCACGGAUUUCACUCGUCUUAUCAGCAACUGCAUCUCUUUUGCAUCGUCCAGAACCCAGGAGUACCUCGUAUUCAAGGAUCCAGAGGGCAAAUUUCAGCCGAGUUCGCAGGCCUUAACUCAGGUCUUCCUGAUGACUUACAUCACUCAAAGCGUUAACCUCGACUAUACAGACACCUUCAACUGCACAGCCAUGACGCCCGAGCAACGCAUCCUCCUGGGCGCUGAUUGGGUUUGGGCCAUCCUGGAGAAACCCACCAAGAACCCGAAAAUACAGAUCGCAGUGCAGGUCCUUCACCUGCCCGAAAGAGAAGAAGCGGAAGAGAGGGAAGCCGACGGAAAACCCGUCAGCGAGUCCAUCCAGAUGGCCCAGAUGGAGUCCAGGAACAAGAACACGUAUGAGCGGAUGGUGGACUUCUGCACUUCCAUUGGCAAGGACUGCUACGCCCUCUUUUUGUUCUUUGGAAAAAGGGACGACAAGGAGAACAUCUACGGUGUCCUGAGCAACAACUUUGAGGCGGCUGUUGGAAAAUGUGACAAAAUAGACAGAGCUCUAAUUGAGAACUUCCUUAAAGGUUCGAGGUAUCUCCACACACCCUUAGGAAUGAUGCAGGCCAUUUUCACAAAGAAAACAGAUGAAGCGCUCACUCUAAUGAUUAAAUUUAGCUGACGAUUCAAGGUACUAACAUAUGGUCUCAGGAUUGGGGUAGGCAUUUAAUGAUCCCUUAUUAAAUCAAGCUGAACAGAUUGGCAAAUAUAUACAGUACAAAAUAACAGACCAAUGUGUGAUAGACACACUAGGGCUACGGGACGCCAUUGCGAUAGAUCACCUCCGUAGUUGUUGGUAGCAGCGGUAGUUGGCUUUAACAUUGGUCAAGUUCAAUUACAGGGUUUUCUACUGGACUCGCAAUGAUGGGUCCAAAUUAUAUAUUAAUAACAUGUCUAUCCCAAAGGAUUUUAAAUCUUUAUUGUCUGCCAGUAGAGGGCAACACCUGUCGCUAUGAUGCAAAGUACACACAUGUAAUGAUGAGUUCCACUUUAACUCAAAGGUCUGUUUUACUUCAUUAUGAAAUGAAAAUACAAAACAAAAACCACUGAAAAACAUUCCAAAAUCUAACUUUAGACUUGGAAGUCAUUUAGUUCUCAAAAUCUACCAUGGUUACAGUCCCCUAUAGUUUCCAUAAAAAACCUCUCUAAGACGUGAGUAUUGUCAGUUCAAUGCACAAAAUGUAAAUUAAUAGACCGUUUCCAGCUUAAAUUCUAUUGUUUUUGUCUGGGACUCAUUUUGGAACGCCACAUUAGGGUGCCUUCCAUUCAUUCUAAAAACACAGAGUUUUAAAGUCAGAAAAACACGCUAGUUUGAUGCCCAACGUCGAAAACUACAUCGUAAAUAUUUGGAGGGGCCAACCCAACCCUGACCUAUACACCCUAAAUGGCUGCUGUGAGUAUAAAACGUAAUAGCUACAUUAAUAAAUUGUAUCUGUACAGUAUAGGGUCCUGUUGAUGCAUCUGAAUGUGACUGGAUGAUACUUGAACACACCGGAUGGAUUUAUACUGAAUUUGAACCAACAUAACAGUGUAUGAACUGGACGUCUUGUAAAGUUUCUUGCAAUGAUAUUUGUUGUAAUUUAUAGCUAAAUAAAACCAAACUGCACUAAA